CCUUCGUGACCCACCCACCUAGGCCCGGCGCCAGCCUGUGUCUGUACCGUUUAAGGCCCUGGACACGCCUCCCCUCCCCGCGAGUCGAACUCGGGUUGCCCCUCAGUGACCGAAGCCUGGGGUGUACCACUGGACUACGAGGUCCGGGUUCGAUUCCAAUAUCAUCAGUAGUAAACAUGGAAGCAAUUGGAGUUUUUGGACCAAGACUUGGAUUGAACCUCACCUUUCCUUCUCAACCCAAUUUAUUUCCCGCAUGCGACCUCUAUCGCUUUCCGGUGACCUCAAAUCAUCGUAAGCUUGCACGUUUUGUUCCUUUGAAAGCGACGGCUAAUACUCUUACUUGUGAAGAUGAAAAUAAUCGAAAUUUCAUAAAGAUUGGCCCUUCUAAGUGGGAUCAUCACUCCCUCUUUGCUAAUUUGGACUUCUCAGAAAUGGAUGCUCUUGGGAGAGAGAUAGAAGCGCUAAAGCCACAAGUGAGGAACAUGUUUAUGUCUUCCAAAGGCAUUAAGAAAAAAAUUAUUUUUAUCUAUUUGCUUGUGGCACUUGGUCUCGCGUAUCAUUUCGAAGAUGAGAUCGUGGAGACUCUAGAAGAUGGUUUCCAAAAGAUAGAGGAGAUGAUGGCCGGUGAAGAUGAUUUGUACACUGUUUCCGUCAUCUUCUAUGUUUUCAGAACAUACGGUCAUAACAUAUCUUCUGAUUUUUUUGGAAGAUUCAAAGGGGACAAUGGAGAAUUUAAAGAAUGUCUUACAAGCGAUGCUAAGGGUAUCCUAGGCUUGUAUGAAGCCUCCCACAUGGGGACGACUACAGAUUACAUAUUGGAUGAAGCCUUGACCUUCACAUUAAGUUGCUUGGAGUCGUUAAGUUGUACAUGCAAACCUAAUCUCUCAAUGCUUAUACGGAACUCUUUGAGUUUACCACAGCAUGAAAAUAUGGAGAUAUUAGUGGCAAAGGAAUAUAUCCGGUUCUACGAAAAAGAAGAAGAUUGCGACAAGACGUUACUCAAGUUUUCCAAGCUUAACUUCAAAUUCCUCCAGCUUCUCUACCUUCAAGAACUCAAAAUCCUUUUAAAGUGGUACAAGGAACUAGACUUUGAAUUUAAGUUUCCACCUUACUACAGACACCUACUCGUGGAAACGAACUUCCAUACGCUAACAUACAUGGAGCCGAAACAUUCACGAGUGAGAAUUUUUGUGACUAAAUCUUACAUAUUGCAAGCAAUAGUAGAUGAUACUUGUGACAGAUACGCUUCUCUACGUGAGGUCGAAAUCCUCGCCGAUACCAUUGAACGGUGGGACCUCGAUGAUCAUGCCAUGGAUGGACUACCAGAUUAUUUGAAAUCAUUAGUUAAAUUCAUAUUUGGUACAUUCCAAGAAUUUGAAAGAGAACUUGAGUCAGAAUCAGGAGGACUUUACAGUGUGGAAGCUACAAUUGAAUACUUCAAGACAUUUGUGAGAAGUAACCUUCAACUUGCCAAAUGGGCAAGUGCGGGCCACUUGCCUAGCUUUGAGGAGUACCUAGAUGUUGCUGGACUCGAGAUUGCUAUAGAAUUCACCGUGGCAUGUAUUGUGAUGGCAAUGGAGAAUAUCUGCAAGGAAGAGGCUUAUGAGUGGUUGAAAUCUAGAGACAAACUCAUUAGAGCAAUGGCUACAAAAACACGAGUACCUAAUGAUAUGUUUGGCUAUGAGGAUGACAUGAGCAGAGGAUAUUUGACGGGUUCGGUCAACUGUUAUAAGAAGCAGUAUGGAGUUAACAAAGAAGAAGCAUACAGAAAGCUUCGUCAAUUGCUUGCAGAAGGUGAUAAGAUGAUGAAUGAGGAGAUUUUGAAGCCAAUCAAUGUGCCACGCCAGGUUCUAAAAGUAGUCAUGAUCGACACUUUUCGUGCAAUAAAUGUUGGCUAUGAUAAAGACGAUGGAUUUACCCGUCCCGAUGGACAUAUCAAGAACCUUAUAAUGUCUAUUUUUGUUGAUCUUUGAGGACGUUAGUGUAUCCAACCAGUACCGGCCCUGACCACAAGCAGGG